AUGAGUGUCGCUACUUCAGCACGAUGCCUGCUGUCGCGGCGCUUUGCCGCCGCAGUCAAGCCGUCUGCAGCAGCAUCGGCACCCCAAUGCUAUGCCGCCUCCUUCCAUAGCUCGGCGCGUCUGGAAAAGAGGAGGAAACCGCGUUUCGCCAGCAUAAAUGCCGUUGAUAUGGGUCUGAUUGAGGAUUCCGCUGCGCCCAGCGACUUCAAGACUCGCCAUGCCGCAAACGAGGCUGCGCACGAGAAGUUUGCCAAGGAGCAAUUCACACCCUACACCCCCGAGGAGCUCGAGAUUCUGAAGAAGCAUUACUCGCCGGAGCAGAUGGAGGCCCUCGAGGCCGGUGAGGCAUCGAUAGACCCGACAGAUCUUUCGAUUCAAGGUCGUAUCAGGAGGGAUCCCUACAGGCUGCCAUAUCUCGACGAUUUCAGCCGCCUCGUGCCCACCAUCGACAGGCAACCCAAGAAAGCCGUACAGCCAGCGCAGAACCCGAGAUGGUUGACCGACGAGGAACAUAUGCUUGAACUCUUUCAAAGCCAGGAUGAACAUCUCAAGCCGUUGUUGGCCCGGCUCAAAUUUACCGAGGAGGAGUGGGCAGCAAAGUCGCCAGCAUCGAAGCAAUAUCACCUGAGCAAGGUCAAGGAGGCCAUCAAAAAGCAGCGGGAGCUCGAGGCCGUCCCUGAAGUUGUCAGGGCCCAUGAACACAUGGCCGAACGGUCUAUGCUCAAUGAUGGAAACAAGCCCUCGAACUCGGCAAUAGCACCAGGCAUAGGCAAGAACAUCCCCGGAAUAAGUGGUGUUUAUAGCAACCCCAUCGACCCAGAGGACCAAGGUCUGGAUGACGACGGUACCUGGCAGGAUCUCAAGAAACAGACCGGUAUGACGGUUAGGCAGAUGAUCGACCUCACCACCAAGAUUCUUGUGACGCGAUUUGUCCACAACCAAACUCGUCUUGGAAAGGUUCGAAGCAUCUGGGUUCUGGCAAUUGCAGGCAACAAGAAUGGACGUCUGGGACUCGGUGUCGCCAAGUCGGUAGAGAAUGGUGUCGCUGUUCAAAAGGCCAAGCUGCUUGCUAUUAGGAACAUGCAGCCUAUUCGUCGGUACGAGGACAGAACAAUCCACGGUGAAGUUGAGGCCAAGGUUGGCGCAACUAUUGUGAAGCUACAGGCCCGCCCACCAGGAUUCGGUCUCCGAGUGCCUGCCCGUCUCUUUGAGAUGUUCCGCGCCUGUGGCAUCCACGACAUUGCCGGUACCAUGCCGCGAUCGAGAAAUCCCAUGAACUCGGUCAAGGCCACGUUCCAAGCCCUGAUGAACCAGAAAGACCCCAACGAGAUCGCAAUUGGAAGGGGCAAGAAACUUGUCGACGUACGAAAAGUAUACUACGGCGGCAAUGUGUUAUAA